AUGGCGACGUUCUUCUGGGCCGCUGCACUCGCACAGUCCAUCUUUCAACUCAGCUUCAUUGAAUCCUUCAGAGGCAAAGCCAACCCCGUUUCGAAAGUCAUCGCGGUCAUUUUACCGGCUGUCAUGCUCAGCCUCCUCCGCAUCGAUGCUAUCCAGACCAAUACGAUCUUGUUCAUCGGGAUGGCAGACUUUCUGCUCCUUACUUGUAUCUCCGGUAGUAUCAUCAUAUUACUGAUUAUUCUCGUGAAAUACAUUCACGUGCGCAGAAAUGUGCUGUCGUGGAACGUGAACUACGGCAAGCCAUCCGAGGGGUCCGUCGAUAACGUCACCGUCUCAAGCGGUGUCCGGCCGCGGCGCCAAAGCAUAUAUGACAAGUGGCUCGUCGUGCGCUUUACAAUCGCCGCGCUCGCCAUGAGCGCCUUCCAGAUGGUGACCAUCGUCUUCCAGGUCAGCGCGUCGCGGCGCAAUAACCUCGAAUCCAUAGGGACCGAGCCCGACCUCGGCAUGGACCGACUGCAGUCCGAUCUGCUCGUCUUCAUCCCCGGCGUGACGGCCAGUCUCUUGACGUUUGUCGUGUUUGGCACGACCAAGACAUUCCGCGACUACAUGCGGUCGCACUUUGUGCCCAAGCCACUGCGCAACGGCUUCCGGCUGCGACACCGAGGCUCGCAGCGGCUCGAGUCGGAGCCGCCUACUCCUGGGCUGCAAUUUCGAAAUGACGUCCCGGACCUGGAGCAAUACCCGGCGCCGUCCUAUCAGCAGGGGAUCAGGCUGAGCGAUAUUCAUGUGGACAGGCAGGGCAAUGUGGGUGCGGCUCAACAGCAUGGCUCCCACCCCUCGUGA